AUGCAUUCCACAAAAGAAUCAUGGCCUCUAUCUUCGUUGGCUGAGCAUUCGACGGAAAACGGGAACCGCACCGUUGCCUCCGUGAUCGACGAUGGCUUUCCACCAUCCCAGCUCUCUAACGUCGUCUCUCAUCAUCAACGGGCAAAAGCGGACCGGAUACGUUCGUCUAACUACCACUCGCAGCAAGUGCCCAAUUGUAGAAACAGCCGACAUAAUCAGAACCAAACGCGAUGCAGAAACAGGCAUUCGUACCAUCACCGGCCUCAGAACGGCACUAAGGAAAACUUGGCCGAGCCCUCAUUGCGCUCAUGUAAUAGAAGAUCGACACAGGAGACCCAUGCCAUCGAGACCUCCAGCGGGGGUUCUCCAUCUUCACUGUCUUCCUCGUCGUCCAAUCAGGGCAGUUUGAACAGUACCAACGGCGAUUCAUUGCUAACCAUGGUCAUGGAGCACAAAUACAAAGAAGGCGACGACAACGACCCUCACUAUUCGUCGGCAGGCAAGCAGAAGAACAGCGAAAAAGUUAGCGAUCAACGGCUGUUGGCUGAUGGUAGAACAAAUUGGUCUCGGCCGAUGUUUCAAAGUUCGGUUGCUGCCAUUGGCGGCGGUGGCCAUUCAUUGUUUUCUCAGGAUGACACGUUUUGCUUCUGCCCUAAGCGACCGUUCAGCAAAGGUCAAGCAAAACCGGAUGCGACGGACUGCAAAACGUCAGCCGGACUUACGCCGGAGUUCGGCGACAGUGAUGAAAUCAGCACGCAGCUUUUGGGCGUUCAACACCAAAAGCUGCUACAGUCAGAAGGCGACGAACAUCGGUACCUGGCUCCUUGCGCCACAGACUUUCGUAAAAUCGACUGGCAAGAAGCUUUCGGCUUCAGUAGAAGCGAUGACGACUUGGGGUUCGACCCGUUCUCGGAGUCUUGCAAAGCGCUGGAAGACUUGAUCAGACAGGAGAAGGAGAUGAUCCACCGACAGAGAAUGCAGGUGAACAGCGAGCUGCAGCGGCAGCAACACCGCCAGCAGCAGGACAAUGUACUCAGACUGAGUGACGGUGGCAGCAGUGGAGGCGGAUAUUUCCAAUCUGGCUGGUCGUCACACAAUUUUGGCUGUCGUCCUCAGAUUCUGUCGGUAUUUUUGUUCAGUACAUGCGACAUCGCUAAACACUUCACCGUGGUUUAUUUAGAGGCACCAGAUUUGUCGCUGGCGACAGACAGAAGCUUCGUGUGCAACAGGUUCAACCCGCAGGCAACACCGUUCGUUCCUAGGCAAGAAGAGGAACGCUUCGAUCUGAACACGUGGCAAAGCGAGUGGAAGGCAGCUGAAACGCCUAACUUCAACAACGCAAAGUUUUCCUCGAGACCCACCGCUUCUACCUCGCUGUUGAAUUGCGCCAACGGCUUUUCUUGCUCGAUGAAGUCAGGUUCGUUGAUUCCCUGCUACAGCAGUAUUUUUCUUCACGAUGGCCGUCGAACUUGCGAGUGGUACAAACGCCGCCUCCGGGUUUUGCGAUUCCGAACCAUGGUGGUUCCUAGACAGUGCACGCGCGUCAUUCGACUGAUUUCGACCACUUUAAAAUACCGGCUUAUACGGUACUUCUGUUCUUAUUUAUUUUCUGUUUCGUUUCCAUGUCGUGCGAAUGCUGCCCGCUGCUCUGCCGUAGCCGAUCAGCGGUGUCCGAGUGCCGUGCAGUGGUGGCAAGCCGGUCAUCGAGUCGCCCGUCCACCGCUUGUCGCUGACCGGUCAACGUCGGCGCCUCGUUCGACCGGCCGUCCGUUCACAUGCCAGAUAAUGUUUUAUACGUCCGUCGCCUACUGA